AUGAGGUCCGAUUAUACACGUGUGUAUGAUGUGCAGUUCGGCGGGUUCGUCCAUGUAGCGAAACUGGGCGAAGGCUUAUACGGUUGUGCGAUCCUCGUGCGCUCGCUUCGUGACGGCAAACUCUAUGUGCGGAAAGAAGACCUGGACUGCGUGCCAGCCGAUGGCCACCGAUCUAAUGUCAUUGAUAGUGACGAAGUCCGCAACGCGAUGCAUGUCGGUCGACUGAUCGACGUGCCAGAGUGCAAAGGCUGGAUUCGCUAUGCAGAUCAACGCAGAAAUUUGAGCUUCGGAGUAUCCUACUGGGAGUAUUACUUCGCAGGAACUCUGUGCGACGCUCUAAAACGGUCAAUGGUGAGAAAUAUCAUGUUUCCAGAAUCGUGGAUUUUCCAUUGGCUGAGCUGUAUGCUCGACACGAUACUUAACGCUCACAUCGCGGGAGUAACUCACCGUGACGCUCACAUGAACAAUUGGUUCUUAACCCGAAGGCGCGAUGAAGAGAUUCCAAGCAUUGGACUCGGAGACUGGGGCUGCAGUCAGGUCUGUGAUCGUUUGAGCGGAGAGGAAUGGUUCCGAUUCUGUCGCAAAGACUUUGUGAGCGUUGCGGCGGGUAUCUUUGAGGUCUUCGCGGAACAACCACACUCAUCACGUGUGCGAGGACUUAUCAAAGACAUUGUUAGAUCACUUGAGCAUUACCAACGACCUGCCGACUUUGUGGAACUCCACAAGGCCAUGGACUACUACCGAAGAGAAGCGUGUAAAGCUGCCAACACCCGAGAACGACCAACAAGGGCACAAGAAGGUCUAAUUCCACGUCAGAGCAAGUACGAGGAUAACAUCUACUGUCCUUCUUCAGAUUCACGCGCAGCCUAUCGGGCUGGGGAAGCCCAGUCGAAGAAGUUCGAGGUCGCCAAAGUUGAGGGCCGUGAACUCAAAAUCCAUGGCGCCAUCAACUCACACUUUGUCGCACAACGAAAUGGUGGAUGGAGACAGAAUCCAAGUUGUCGUCCGUUGUUCAGAAUCAGGUAG